AUGGGUUGUGGCAUCUCAACCUUUGAAGCAGAAGAUGCAUCCCUGGGUCACGGUCACCGUUCCAACCGGGUCAGACAUCAUGUUAUUGUUCCCCCCGUUGCAGAAAACAAGAAGGAUUUAGACAAUGGCGAUGAGGGUGUUGAUAAGGACGUUGUCGGUGACGUCUUGGAGGUGAAGCAGCCAUUGGGUGAUGAAAAAGGGAAGACAAAAGAGGAAAGAUCUAAUGACGAGAUGUUGAAAGAGAAACAUGUAGUAGAUACAAAGGAGGACGAUAGGGUGUUUGAGAGAAGAGAAAAAGAAAAGCAUGGUAGCGAUGACAAACAUGCAAAGAAUGUAAAGAAUGAAGAAGAGCAUGAAGAGAAUAAUUGUAGGGACGAUAGCUUCAUUGGCACUGCUUCACCAAGUUUUAGGGAUUAUUGCAAUGGUCAUGACUCUGGGGAUCGAAGUUCUGACGGAGAAUCCAAUGAUUGUGACUCGAGGGAAAGCACCAAGAAUAGUAGUGAUGAUGGUUCAACAAACAGACAGAAUAAGUCAGAAAAUGAGGAAAUUCUCAAUUCCAACAAGGGAAUCGAGAAGAAAGAGAGAAGCAGAAGAUUAUUUAGAAAUAUUAUGAAUAAGGGAAAGACAACUGAGAAGAAAAAUCUGCUGAACUUCGGUUGCUACAACUCUAGCACUGAAUCCUAUGCUAAAGAUUCUUUUAACAAAACAAUUGGAAAAAAUGCAUGA